UUGAAGCUUUGAUUAUGACCCCCUAAAAAUCCUACAAAAUGGCUGGGCUUUUGAACCAACAGCUGAAGCUUUGUAGCUAGAAUGGUAUCUGUAAUAGGACCAAAAGGUUUCAUUACGUUAUCUAUGGAUUCAUCAUAUCCUAUGGACCCUGACCGGCUUGUGUUUCCUACUCUGUUUACUGCAGCUAUUUCCUCAAUUCUUUGGAAGAUAGUGGGCUUCGACCUCAAGCCGACGUGGAAUUCCUCUAUCUAUGGAGGGAUAAUGUUUGGGUACGUUUGUUACGACCACACACAUUAUUACCUUCACUUUGCGGCAGUGUACUCAAGUUUCCUGUACAAGAUGAAGGUAAGAUGGUGCAAAUUCUUACACUUUCUGUUCCUUACAGCUUUGAAUUACUUCAACACGUUCACAGUAAUUGACGCACCUCAUUGCCCCCAUGAUUCCGAUAAAUUAAAACAAAACAAAACGAUGUUAUCAAUUGAGGCUCCAUGGAAUGCCCAUGGUUCGUGGCUGCGCGGUUUCGAGUCGCCGGACUUGUCCCUCCAGCGUGCAUUCUGUUUAAUUUUGCAGAAAGAGCAUUUAAAUCACCACUUUAAGAAUGGGAUGCACCACUACGGCUUCGGUGUGACGAGCUCUUUCUGGGUCACAGUGUUCGGAACGCUGCCUCCGGCCAAGGAUACUCACAAAGGUUCAAUGAUUACCAGCCAGACUGUGAUGGAAUCCAUCUCUCCAACAACAAAGGUUCACUCGACAACACUAAUGCGCAAAAAAGAGAGUGGCCGUGACUGAAAGAUCACACACACCUCAAAUAAGUUCUACUGCUCGCUCUGGAAUCAGACCCAUUCAGAAUAUUCCUCCACUAGAGGUCGCCUGAAGCCUUACCGCCACUUUAAUCAUUAGAUGAAAUAUUCGAGCUUUUCUCUUGCCUAGGGGCCUAGUAAAAAAAACAGAUGCUGUAGAAAGUAUAUUUUGA